AUGGCGGCCCCGGGGCGGGUGAGCAGUCGCACCGGUCCUCGCGAGGAACCGGCUGGCUCUACAGAGUCGUCGGAUGCUACCCGGACGCCAGUGCCCACCGUGUCCCCCGUAUCCCCCGAGCUACCCGUCUCGCCCGGACAGGGUGCGGAGCCGCUGGGCAAGAACCUGUGGGAGCAGAUCUGCGAGGAGUAUGAAGCUGAGCUGCCUCCCUUUCCAGAGGGAUGUAAAGUCAAACCAGAAGGUAUGAUUACUGUUUCACCAUUGGAGGAAACGAUUUUCCAUGGCUUCAAUACAGAGCACCUUUAUUCAACUCCUCAUUUGACCACGGACUCACAUGUACCCUGUCCUCAAGUUAAGUUGGAAAAAAUCCAUCCAAAAACAUGUUCCCCCAAGGAAUAUUUGGAAACAUUCAUCUUUCCAGUUCUGCUUCCUGGAAUGGCUAGCCUGCUUCACCAAGCAAAGAAAGAAAAAUGUUUUGAGAGAAAAAGAACCAAAUUCAUUGCCUGUGAUUUUCUGACUGAGUGGUUAUACAAUCAAAAUCCAAAGAGGAUAGGGGAGUCUUUCACGGAAUUCUUCUCCAUUCCAUUUGUGGAGCAGUGGCUGAAACAUCACCCACGGCCGGCAAUGCCACUCUCCCUCCUGCUGACAGAAGGAGAGGCAGCGCUGAUCAUUCAGUCCUUCUGGAGAGCCUAUCUGGUUCGGUGUGAUCCUGAGAUUCAAGAAUUGCGUCAGUGGCAGAAGAAACUGCGUGAAGACAACCACAUUCACCAGCGAGUCAAGAUUUUCUGGGCCAAACAAGAACAGAAAGUGAAAUGCAAAAUGGAGAAAGAGGAGGAGGCCUGAGCUAAGACUCCACCACCUUAUUUAGCCACUGGUGGGAUCUUUUCCCUUCGGAGCUUCAGUGACCCUCUGUGAGGAAAAUGUACGAAUUAUGCUUCCUCUCUGUUAACUUUCUUAAUGACUACAUUUGGUACAUGUGAAUACAGAAUCUUUUCUGCAGAAGAUAGCAUUUGUGGCACACAUGUUUUAGUGCGUAUCGUUUAUCCUAAGACAGUACUGAUCUUAACUUUCUGCAGUAUCUCCAAAUUUUAUUCUUGUAUCCAUAUUAUUUCUUCAGUGUUUCAGGUGUAUUCUUCUGCACCAGCCACCACUAAAAUGUACAACGAACUCUGGCUUCCAAGAGAUGUUGACGUGCUUUAGUUACCAGUUUCCCACUCUGGGCUGCCUUUGCAAAAAUCACUAUUUAAAUUUAAGUCCCAAACCUCUGCAGUGGGUUUUAAGUUGAUCUGGUUUUAAGUUACUCAUUUCAUAAAAAAGACAUACUGCCUGCGAUCAUUUCCAAAGGAGACUGACUCUUAACUCUGACUGUAGAUCCAACAAGGUGAGACACUUAAACCCAGACAACAGUAACAAAGGAGGUUUGUUGUCAAGUCCCCAGAAUAUUAUAGAAAAGUUCCUCAUUUGAUGGGUAAGCUAACUUAUUACCCUCAUUUGUUCUGGGGUUUGCUGUUAUCCAGGAUUCCCCCAUUCACAAUGCCACAGAGUUAGCCUCCAGGCAGAUCCGAAGGAAAGCCCAGUAGUUCUACCGAGUGUUUUGACAAGCUACCACACAUCUUUAAGUAAAUAGUAAUGCCUUUAUUUUUGUGUUAAGAACAGCAUUUUGAAAAUAAAACCUAUCUGCCCAUGCUUUACAACCUUUAAAUUUGUAAUAUUUAUAUACAGUCAUUUAUGGUACACAUUGAUUGUCUUGAAAUUUCUUUAACGAUUUUUUUUAAUAAGUAUGCAACAGUCAGCCAGGGGAGGAUAAAGGUACAUUAUAAAACACACAUUAAUACAUUUAAUAAAUAUAUAUUAUCUAUCAAAAAUGAGCCUUAGCUCUUUAUCAAUUAAUAAAAAGCACCUGCUGAGAACUCCUGUAAGCUGGUAUAAUCAUUGCAUCGUUGGAUUAUAAAAGCCACAACGCUCCCUUUCAGUUUGGGGUUUAACUCAGCAUUGGCCAACCUAGAUCACCCCGAGUUUACACUUGUUCAGUGGGCCCUGACACAAUCUGUACUCAAAGCACUGGAUCCCCAGAACUUCCCAGUUUGUCAGUUCUCUGAGCUGAUUCCCUCACUCCCCACCCUCCAUAUCCAGUGGAGAAAUCCAGGAUAGAAUGACCAUUUUCUAUUAAAAGGGGGGACGAGAGUGGCUAUUAUAGUCCCAAAGUGAUUUUAAUAACCGGACACAGAAAGAUUUGUGCUUACAAUUAGGUAUUUUGAUCACAGAUGCUGUCCUUCCAGGUUAUGUUCCCUCAACAAGUGUUGUUUACAUAAAUAGAUCUUAAACAGAGGUGCUAUUUGAUUUCGUAUUUAAACUUUGCUCCGUGGGGGCAGCUAGUGGCCACAGUCUCUUGGCGAAGAGGUCUCUUUGUACCCUUCAGGUGGAGUCAUUAGAAAAAUACCCAUUCUCUGCUCUCUGCCCUUACUCCCCCCCUGCCUCAUUGAGAGGGCAUCCAGCCCACUCUCAACCUUAAAGCCAAAAUAAGACAAAACCCAGAAGCACGAUAACAUAUCAUAGAUUUAAAAAGAAAGGGGGGGAGAAAGGUCUCAUCAAGUGAGGUUUCCUGUGGCUCGAAGCUGGUUCCAUUUUUAUGUUGGUGAAACAUUACUUUCCCUUUAUAGCCAUUUAUACCAUGCUCACCUUCUAUGCCCGGACCAAGAACUGAGAGGGGAAACGCUCAGGUGAAUUGCUCCCUUCUGCAAGGGAGGGGGGGCUCUUGCAGACGGAAUCACUGAUGGGAUCAGAGAGCUCCAAAGGACUCCAGAGAGCGGGGGUAAGCAACCAUUUCCUGGCACGAGAAUGUGUAAUGCUGUCGUUUUUCACUGGACUGGACCGAGGUGUUUGGAGAUUUCUGUAUUCUCAGAAUCCUGGGACUGCAUGCAACCGCCCCCAUCCCCACCCCAGGUCCUAGUUUCUUUCCCUCCCUCCCCUCCCCAGUACUCCAGGUUUCCAGUCCACCAAUGAUGCUCCUCUGAGAGAGGACUGGAAUCUGAUUCUCUAGAAGCAAGCACAUGCUGUGGGCCGGGGUGGGGCUGUUUCCCAAAGGUCAGGUACAGGUGGCAUUCUGCUGCCAUGCUUUUUCUUCCCCAUGCAUGGCAACUCAAGGAAGUACGCUGGCUGGAAG